AUGUUGGUUCACACUGAGGGCAUGACCUUUGACUCUUGUCCUUUGAUCUACAGUAGGUCAGCUGUGAGAGAGGAAGUUCUUUCCCGCUCUCCUGUAGCUUUUCACCAGUCCUGCGUAGAAGUGAAGACAGAAGCAGAGGACAUUAAGCAGCCCUCAUCAGUCUCCUCUACAGCCUCAUCUACAGCUUCAUAUACAACCUCACCUACAACCUCAUCUACAGCCUCCUCUACAGCCUCAUAUACAACCUCACCCACAACCUCAUCUACAGCUUCAUAUACAACCUCACCUACAACCUCAUCUACAGCCUCCUCUACAGCCUCAUAUACAGCUUCAUAUACAACCUCACCUACAACCUCAUCUACAGCCACCUCUACAGCCUCAUCUACAGCUUCAUAUACAACCUCACCUACAACCUCAUCUACAGCCUCCUCUACAGCCUCAUCUACAGCUUCAUAUACAACCUCACCUACAACCUCAUCUACAGCCUCCUCUACAGCCUCAUCUACAGCUUCAUAUACAACCUCACCCACAACCUCAUCUACAGCUUCAUAUACAACCUCACCUACAACCUCAUCUACAGCUUCAUAUACAACCUCACCUACAACCUCAUCUACAGCUUCAUAUACAACCUCACCUACAACCUCAUCUACAGCUUCAUAUACAACCUCACCUACAACCUCAUCUACAGCUUCAUAUACAACCUCACCUACAACCUCAUCUACAGCCUCCUCUACAGCCUCAUCUACAGCUUCAUAUAGAACCUCACCUACAACCUCAUCUACAGCCUCCUCUACAGCCUCAUCUACAGCUUCAUAUACAACCUCACCUACAACCUCAUCUACAGCCUCCUCUACAGCCUCAUAUACAGCUUCAUAUACAACCUCACCUACAACCUCAUCUACAGUCUCCUCUACAGCCUCAUCUACAGCUUCAUAUACAACCUCACCCACAACCUCAUCUACAGCUUCAUAUACAACCUCACCUACAACCUCAUCUACAGCCUCCUCUACAGCCUCAUAUACAGCUUCAUAUACAACCUCACCUACAACCCCAUCUACAGCCUCAUCUACAGCCUCAUCUACAGCUUCAUAUGCAACCUCAUCUACAGCCUCAUCUACAGCCUCAUCCCUCCUCUACAGCCUCAUAUACAGCUUCAUAUACAACCUCACCUACAGCCUCAUCUACAGCUUCAUAUACAACCUCACCUACAACCUCACCUACAGCCUCCUCUACAGCCUCAUAUACAACCUCAUCUACAGUCUCCUCUACCGGCUCAUCUACAGCUUCAUAUACAACCUCACCCACAACCUCAUCUACAGCCUCAUCUACAGCUUCAUAUACAACCUCACCCACAACCUCAUCUACAGCCUCAUCUACAGCUUCAUAUGCAACCUCAUCUACAGCCUCAUCUACAGCUUCAUAUGCCACCUCACCUACAACCUCAUCUACAGUCUCCUCUACAGGCUCAUCUACAGCUUCAUAUACAACCUCACCUACAACCUCAUCUACAGCUUCAUAUACAACCUCCUCUACAGCCUCCUCUACAGCCUCCUCUACAGCCUCAUAUACAACCUCAUCUACAGCUUCAUAUACAACCUCACCUACAACCUCAUCUACAGCUUCAUCUACAGCUUCAUAUGCAACCUCACCUACAACCUCAUCUACAGUCUCCUCUACAGCUUCAUCUACAGCUUCAUAUGCAACCUCACCUACAACCUCAUCUACAGUCUCCUCUACAGCUUCAUCUACAGCUUCAUAUACAACCUCACCUACAACCUCAUCUACAGCUUCAUAUACAACCUCACCUACAGCCUCCUCUACAGCCUCCUCUACAGCCUCAUCUACAGCUUCAUAUCUUCAUAUACAACCUCACCUACAACCUCAUCUACAGCCUCAUCUACAGUUUCAUAUGCAACCUCACCUACAACCUCAUCUACAGUCUCCUCUACAGGCUCAUCUACAGCUUCAUAUACAACCUCACCUACAACCUCAUCUACAGCCUCAUCUACAGCUUCAUAUACAACCUCACCUACAACCUCAUCUACAGCCUCAUCUACAGUUUCAUAUGCAACCUCACCUACAACCUCAUCUACAGUCUCCUCUACAGGCUCAUCUACAGCUUCAUAUACAACCUCACCCACAACCUCAUCUACAGCCUCAUCUACAGCUUCAUAUACAACCUCACCCACAACCUCAUCUACAGGUUCAUAUACAACCUCAUCUACAGCUUCAUCUACAGCCUCAUCUACAUUAUCUACAGCCUCAUCUAUGUUACCUACAUCCUCACCUACAACCUCACCUACAACCUCAUCUACAGCUUCAUAUACAACCUCACCUACAACCUCAUCUACAGCCUCCUCUACAGCUUCAUCUACAGCUUCAUAUGCAACCUCAUCUACAAUUUCAUAUACAACCUCACCUACAACCUCAUCUACAACCUCAUCUACAGCUUCAUAUGCAACCUCACCUACAACCUCAUCUACAGUCUCCUCUACAGGCUCAUCUACAGCUUCAUAUACAACCUCACCUACAACCUCAUCUACAGCUUCAUAUACAACCUCACCCACAACCUCAUCUACAGCCUCAUCUACAGCUUCAUAUACAACCUCACCCACAACCUCAUCUACAGGUUCAUAUACAACCUCAUCUACAGCUUCAUCUACAGCCUCAUCUACAGCCUCAUCUACAGCCUCAUCUACAGCUUCAUAUACAACCUCACCCACAACCUCAUCUACAGCUUCAUAUACAGCUUCAUAUACAACCUCACCUACAACCUCAUCUACAGGUUCAUAUACAACCUCAUUUACAGCUUCAUCUACAGCCUCAUCUACAUUAUCUACAGCCUCAUCUAUGUUACCUACAUCCUCACCUACAUCCUCACCUACAACCUCACCUACAGUGUCACCUACAUUGUCAUCUACAGCGUCUUCUACAACCUCAUCACAGCCUCAACUAUAGGCACAAUUUACAACAUCCUCCACCUUCAG